AUGACUUCUCAGGAUAUUAUCGUAAGGUCAACAUCAGUGCUAAGCAUCCAGUCGCACGUUGUUCAUGGCUACGUUGGAAACAAAGCAUCAACAUUUCCACUGCAAAUGCUAAACUGGGAUGUUGAUGUUCUCAAUACCGUCAAUUUCAGCAAUCAUACUGGCUACGGCUCUUUAAAGGGAGAUUGUGCUAGUGGAGAGCAGCUUCUAGAGAUUUACAAUGGCUUGAAACAGAUAAAUGUCCAAUAUAAUGCAAUAUUAACAGGAUAUGUUCACGGGUUUGAUACCUUGGAUGCAGUUGGGAAAAUUUGUACUGAUGUAAAGGAUAGGGCCGAGUCUGCCAACAAAGAGGUGCUUUGGCUUUUGGAUCCGGUGAUGGGAGACGAAGGAGUACUAUACGUCGAAAAAGACGUGAUUCCGGUAUACAGAACAAUAUUAGAUACCCAGAAAGUUGAUAUAGUUACUCCUAACCAAUAUGAACUGGAGCUUUUGGUUGAUCAGAAAAUAACGUGUUUGCAAAGCUUGAAGAAGGCUUUAAAGAUUUUCCACGAGAAAUACAGUGUGAAACAUAUCGUUUUAUCUUCUUUGUUUGCAGAGUCGUUUGAAGAUUUGGAGGGAGGCCAAGAAACAAUAUAUUGUUGUGUUUCAAGCAUUCAUUUACCUGAAAAGCUGGUUUUAUUCAAAAUAGAAAAAAUUUCAGGCUAUUUCACUGGAGUCGGUGAUAUGUUUUCGGCUCUACUCCUCGAUCGGGUUACUAAAACUGGUGACAUAAUUGUAUCGGUGAGCGAGGUUCUUACAAUAAUGAAAAACGUUCUCACAACGACCAAAAAUUUGGGUGGAGUGUCGGGUAAGAUAGGGAACAAAAAUAUGAAAGAUUGCGAGCUAAGAGUCAUUGAAUUUCUUACAGUCCAAUUUUUAUAG